CGCUGAGUGGACGAAAGAUUCCGGAGGUUUGGCGGCAGGGAUUAGAAAUGGCAUAUAUGUGAACAGGAAUCUCAGACACAACAACACAUCAGUUCUGCUGUGUCAACACAGAUAUUUAAGGAGUGACCCCAUAUUUCCUUUCCAACACCAAAAUAUUCAUUGUUGACCAUAGGAGAUGAAGUAUCUCAUUCCAGCUAGAAACGUGCUUUGUGUCUGAAAUGAAGAUUUCUGUUGUAACUCAGUGAAAUCCACUGGAACAGGAGUACUGAGAACACACCAGAUUUAUUCACUGGAGAUCAGUUCUUCAACUGCAUUGAUUGCGCAAGGGAUUCACUACAUCUUACAUUUGACUUUCUGAAUUGAUAGAGAACUGUGAGUAGGGAUUCACUCACUCACCUACAGACACACCCUCGAGUUCACAUGGAGGAGAGGCUGUUCACCUGUUCUGUGUGUGGGAAGAGGUUCACUCAGUCAGUUGACCUACUGGCUCACCAGCAUGUUCACACUGGUGAGACCCUGUUUACCUGUUCAGAUAGCGGGAUGGGAUUCACUCAGUCAUCCGACGUGCAGAAACACCAGCGCAUUCACACUGGAGAGAGGCCGUUCACCUGCUCAGACUGUGGGAAGGGAUUCACUCAGUCAUCUCAUCUGAAGGUACAUCAGCGCGUUCACACUGGAGAGAGACCAUUCACCUGUUCUGACUGUGGGAAGGGAUUUACUCAGUCAUCUCAUCUGAAGGUACACCAACGCGAUCACACUGGGGAGAAGCCGUUCACCUGCUCAGACUGUGGGAAGGGAUUCACUCAGUCAUCUCACGUGAAGGUACAUCAGCGAGUUCACACUGGGGAGAAACCGUUCACCUGUUCGGAUUGUGGGAAGGGAUUCACUCAGUCGGCUGAUCUACUGGCACACCAACGCGUUCACACUGGUGAGAGACCGUUCACCUGCUCAGAUUGUGGGAAGGGAUUCACUCACUCUUCCAACCUACAGAGACACCAACGAGUUCACACUGAGGAGAGGCCGUUCACCUGUUCUGUGUGUGGGAAGGGGUUUACUCGGGCAUCCAGCCUACAGACACACCAGUCAGUUCACACUGGGGAAAGGCCAUUCACCUGCUCAGACUGUGGGAAGGGAUUUACUCGGUCAUCUUAUCUGAAGGCACACCAGUCAGUUCACACUGGGGAGAGGCCAUUCACCUGCUCAGACUGUGGGAAGGGAUUCACUCGGUCAUCUGAUCUGAAGGUACAUCAGCGAUUUCACACCGGUGAGAGGCCUUUCACCUGCUCAGAUUGUGGGAAAGGAUUUACUCGAUCAUCUGACCUACUGUCACACCUGCGAGUUCACACUGGGGAGAGGCCAUUCACCUGUUCUGUGUGUGGGAAAGGAUUCACUCAGUCAUCUGACCUGAAAAUACAUCAGCGAGUUCACACUGAAGAGAGGCCAUUCACCUGCUCCAAUUGUGGCAAAGGAUUUACUCGGUCAUAUGACCUACUGGCACAUCAGCGAGUUCACACUGGGGAGAGGCCAUUCACCUGUUCUGUGUGUGGGAAGGGAUUCACUCGGUCAUCCGGCCUACAGACACACCAGUCAGUUCACACUGGGGAGAAACCGUUCACCUGCUCAGACUGUGGGGAAGGAUUUACCCAGUUAUCUCUUCUGAAGGUACACCAGAGAGUUCACACUGGGGAUUAAACAUUCAUGCUCUCAGACUGAGGGAAGGGAUGCACUCGGUCAUCUCAACGGAAGGUGCAUCAAUGAGGAGAAGCUAUUCACCUACUCAGAAUGAAGAAUGGGAUUUACUUGGUCAUCCGACCUACAGACACACCAGUCAGUUCACAGUAGGGAGAGGCUGUUCACCUGCUCAGACUAUGGGGAGGGAUUCAUUCAGUCAUCUCAUGUGAAAGUACAUCAGUAAGUUCGCACUGGGGAGAAGUUGUUCAUCUGCUCAGAUUGUGCAAAGGUAGUCACUCAAGUCAUACAUCAGUGAGUUCACACUGGGAUGAGGCCAUUCACUUGCUCAGACUUUGGGAAGGAAUUCACUUAAUCCAUUGACCUAUUGGCACAUAGUCAGCUUGCACUGUGGAAAGGCCAUCUUGCUGCUCUGAUUGUGGGAAGGGAUUCACUUUGUCGUCUCAAUUGAAGGUACAUCAGUGAAUUCACUAGGCAUUUACCUGCUCUGAAUGUGGGAAGGGAUUACUCAGUCAUCCAAGCUUGUGGUGCACAAGCCUCUAAUGGCUGUACAAUGUAUUAUUCUGGAGAUUUCUUUGAACUGCAUUAAUUAAGUGCUUUCUCAUUGAUUAAUUUUUGCUGCAGUAUUGGCUAAGUACUUUCUAAUUAUUAUCUAUAGAACUGAAUGGAUUUUUUUAAAUCUAUGGGUAUAGAAGUAGCUGUUUUAUGUCUUUAGUUUCUCUCUCCAAGUAGUAGACCCCUGUCACUGUUCUGUUCCUGUUCGAUCAACUUUGAAUAAAAUGAUC